UAUGACAAACAACCCUUCAGUUUCAGCGCAGCCUGAGGAGAAACAGGACAAAGACCCUCCCCCACAACCUUCACCUUCUUCUUUCAAAUGUUCUCCAACCAACCCUGUUGUUUCUUGCUCUUUGAAACGUAAAAGGCCGCUUAAGAUUGAGAUCCCAAAUCUCCUGCAAGAAAUCCAAGCCAACUCCCUCAAAGUUAGAGAUGUUACCCCACGAGACGAAGCCGUUUGUUUCAGUGGAUUGGGUGUGGGUGUUUUCUCUGUCAAAGGCAAGAAGAAGUUCAUGGAAGACACGCACAAGAUCGUUUCUUGUUUGCAUGGAAACUCGAACAAAGCAUUUUUUGGGGUUUAUGAUGGACACGGAGGGAAGAAGGCUGCAGAGUUUGUUGCAGAAAACUUGCACAACAAUAUUUUUGAGAUGUUGAAGAAUUGUGAAGGAAAUAAGGAGAAGGAGGAGGCAGUUAAGGCUGGCUACCUUAAAACAGAUGAAGAGUUCUUGAAGCAGGAUAUAGUCAGUGGCACCUGUUGUGUCACAGCAUUAAUUGAAGGCAAGGAGAUUGUUGUUUCAAACUUGGGAGAUUGCAGGGCUGUCUUAUGUAAAGGAGGAGUAGCUGAAGCCCUUACAACAGAUCAUAAAGCAGAGCAAGUGGAUGAAAGAAAAAGAAUUGAGAAUAAGGGAGGAUAUAUUGAAUUUCAUCGAGGAGCUUGGAGAGUUCAUGGGAUACUCUCUGUGUCUAGAAGUAUUGGAGAUGCCCAUCUGAAGGACUGGGUACUAGCUGAGCCUGAAACGAAAAUUUUUCAGUUGACUCCAGAUAUGGAGUUCCUUGUUUUGGCUUCUGAUGGUCUUUGGCAAGAGGUUAGCGGUCAGGAAGUUGUUGAUAUUGUUACACGUCUAUUGGUUGGAAAAAGACUGGGUGCCUCCGGAGGUCUCAGUAAAGAAAAUGAUGAGGAUUAUGGCUGUGUGAAUGUAAGUCCAUCAUCAAAGAUACGGAGAGUUUCACUGGUUAAGCAACAGAAAGAGAUAAGUCAGUCACCAAGAUGCAAGAAGAACAUUGAUGAUUGUAAAGAUAAUGAAGAUGAAUUUGCUUGUGAAAAAGGAAGUCCACCAUCAAAGUUACGCAGAAUUUCCUUGGUCAAGCGGAUAAGCAUGAAGCCUGAGUCUCCUAGUCAAGAAAACGCCGGUUUUAAGAAGAGACCGUCUUCUGCUGGUCUUAUGGCUGCCUGCAAGGAGCUCGUGAGCCUUGCCGUGAGUAGGGGUAGUUUAGAUGAUAUUACCAUCAUGAUAAUUGAUUUAAAUCAUUUCAAAUGUAACACUUAAUCUUGCUGAUCAUAUAACUGCUUUCGUCAUUAGUAUCAUUUGCGUUUCAUAAAGAAUAGGCAUUGUACAAACCACUUUCAUGAGUAUAAAAACUGUUUAGCAGCAGAUUUAGCAAACACAUCGGUAUACCGUGUACCCAUUGACCUCCACAUAGGAAAACGCCAUCUUCGCAGCCUGGAAAUUUGUGAGGAUCGGACAAUCCUUUAGUGAGUGUGGUUUUCCUUUACAAA